AUGAAAUUCGUCCUUGCCCUCGCCGCCGUCGUUGUUGUUGCCCUGGCCCAACGGCCGACCCCCUGGCCCGUGCCAGAUCUGCGACUACCUGAUUGCCCAGGCCGUCCACCACUUCCACAACAACAUCAACGACAAGGGAGCCCUUCUAACCCAGCUCACCCAGGAGUGCAACGAGCUCGGCCGCUACGAGGGUUGAAGGAUGCCGUCACCCAGUGCAAGGCCAUGGUUGCCGCCCAGAUUGACACCAUCUACGCUGAUCUGACCGCUGGAAAGGACCCGUGGCAGACGUGCUUCGAUCUGCAUGAGUGCUUCGGAACCGAGCCCACCCACGGAACUCGCCCCAGCCAGGGCCCCGAGGCCGUCGCCCGUGGAGCUCGCUAUUUC